CUCGGAUGUACUACGACUACACAUAGUAACUACUCCCAUUCAUUUCCAACCCGUUACGCUGAAUUUGGCACAUACAGCAACCAAGUGCUGCUUCUAGACACUAGACGACGUGGGGUUUAACGCUUUAAAACACACAGCGACAGGACCAUUUAGCUUUUAUGUGUUGGACGUUGAGAUGGUGAGAAAGUAAGAAGAAGCGAGUGUGUACUGUGUCUGACUUCGGGUGAGCGUGAAAAUACCAGUUCAAACCAGAGGAGAAACACAAACGGACAGGAAAAAAUAACAUGGAGUUACAUUCAGUCCUGCUGACAACUGGCGCGUCUGUGGGCGUCUUCAAUCUGGUCAACCGUGGACUUGGUAAACUCUAUGUACCAGAGACAGCUCAGAGGAAUAUAUGGAAAUGGAGAAACAUCUCCACAUCUUUCAUUCACAGCCUUAUCACUGGAAUAUGGGCUGUGCUUUGUUUUUAUAUGCAUCCCCAGAUGGCUGAAGAUUUGAUAGAAACACACACUGUCUUCUCACAUGCUUUGGUGUGUGUAUCAAUUGGAUACUUCAUAUAUGACUUCUUUGACAUGGUUUUUAAUCAGAAGAUCAGCCAUUCAUGGGAGCUCCUUUUCCAUCACAUGGUGGUGAUCACCUGCUUUGGGCUGUCAGUACUGACGAGUCGCUAUGUGGGCUUUGCGGUUGUAGCCCUGCUUGUGGAGAUCAACUCCAUCUUCCUGCACCUGAGGCAGAUGAUGCGGAUGGCCAGUAUUGCCAAGAGCACCGUGUACCGUAUAAACAGCAUGAUUAACCUGGGCACAUAUGUGGUGUUCCGCAUAAACACGCUGGCAUGGAUGACACGCUGGUUGGUGCUGAACCGCGAUCACAUUCCCCUUUUCAGCUACACGGUGGGCAGUGUAGGAUUGGCCAUCAUGACUCUCAUGAACAUUGUUCUGUUCUACCGGCUGCUCCGUACCGACUUCCUCAAGUCCAGCCGCGAGAAAGAGGUCAGGAAAGACAAAGACAUGUAAUAGGAGCAGGAAAGCACUCUUGUCUAUGUCUGAAUGAAACUAACUUCACCCAGAGCCUCAUAUUCCACACCUUGCAGAUGCCGGCAUCUGAUGACAGGUCGUUCUGUUUUAUAUCAGCCUUCUGAUGAACUUCUGCCUUUUGAAGUGUAAUUAAUUACACUGAAAGCUUGUCACAAGCUUGUGAUAAAAAAAAAAAAAA